UUAGGUUAAAUUAUAGGUUAUCUCGUUGUUGUUAUCAGAAGAAAUGUACUUAUUCCGCUUUAAAUAGGCCUUCUCUUUUACAGAAAUGAAGCAAAAUAAUUGGAAAAAUAGAAUUAUUAAUUUCCUGGAGGAAAAUAGAGCGCUGGUGAUCAUUGCUUUUUGUUUACCAGCGAGUUAUAUUUUCGACUUUAUUUUGAACAUACAAAAGUUUCUAUAUCAUUUCCUAUUUAGCAGCCCUAAAAGUCAUGAUCAAAGGGUCAGGAAAAUACAAAGGAAAGUACAAGAAUGGCACAAAUUGCCAACGAAUAAUAAAAAGUUGCUAUGCACUGCACGUCCUAAUUGGCUAAGUUUAUCGACGAAAUUUUUCCAGAAAAAUAAGUGCCAUCAAAUCCCCAUCAAUUUGUUUGAUAUUUUAGAAUUAGACGAGCGAAAUUUAACUGUUCGAGUCGAGCCUUUAGUAACAGUUGAUCAAAUCACGAAGUUUUUGAUUCCGAAGGGAUACACACUUGCUGUCACUUUAGAAAUUGGAGAUGCAACUCUAGGGGGGCUUGCUUUAGGUACUGGUAUGACCACACAUUCUCAUCAAGUCGGCUUGUACCAUGAAAACGUAAUUUCUUAUGAAGUAAUCUUACCUGAUGGAAGUUUGAUGAGAGCAGCUGAAAACGAGAAUCUAGAGUUGUAUAAAACAUUGCCCUGGUCUCAUGGCAGUUUGGGUUUCCUUGUUGCACUUACUUUGAAGUUGGUUAAAAUAAAACCUUAUGUUAAAAUCACAUAUAUACCUAUUGUAGGGCAGGAAAAUUAUUGUAAUUUGAUUUGUAAAGUGUCUGGAGCUGAGAGCAAGGAAGACCCAGUUUCUGACUAUGUGGAAGCUACAAUUUUCAGUAAAGACAAAGCUGUAAUUAUGAAGGCUGAUUAUUCAAACUUUGAUCCCAAUUUUAAAGUAAAUAAAGUUGCUAGGUGGUAUAAGCCAUGGUUUUAUAAAUACGUAGAGUCAUUUUUAAGUACAGGACAACACACAGAAUUAAUUCCUCUACGAGAUUAUUUAUUACGACAUAAUCGAGCCAUCUUUUGGGUAGUUGAAUCAAUGAUACCAUUUGGAAACAAUCCGAUAUUCCGGUUUUUCUUGGGCUGGUUGUUACCCCCAAAACCAGCUUUCCUCAAGUUUACCACCACACCAGGUGUACGGGCUUAUACAUUCACUAGACAAGUGUUCCAGGACAUAGUUCUGCCUAUACAAGAAUUGAAAAAGCAAAUUGACAUUUCUUGCAAACUUUUCGACGUAUUUCCUCUUCUUGUGUAUCCAUGCAAGGUUUACAAUAAAGGACAUUCGUCGGGACAGUUAAAAAGACCACCGCAAAAAUACAUCGUAAAACAAACCGAUUAUGCAAUGUACAACGAUCUAGGAAUUUAUGGCGUACCUGGAUACGUGAAAAGAAAAGAGAAAUAUAAUCCCGUCGCGGCAAUGAGAGAAAUGGAAAAAUUCACUCGCGAUGUUGGAGGUUUCUCGUUCCUUUACGCAGACAUCUUCAUGACCAGAAAGGAAUUUGAAGAAAUGUUCGACUUGGAACUGUAUGAACGCGUACGUAAAAGAUAUGGACUAGAAAAUGCUUUUCCUCAUCUUUAUGACAAAGUUAAACCUGAAAUCGACGUGUUCGAAGUUGGCAAACAAUUUGAAAUUAAAUAGUUUAUGAAAUA